AUGGCGCCACCUCCACUCCCCCUCUUCUCCCCGUCCGCGAAGCAGCCGCCGCCGCCGCCGCCGUGGCUCCACGGCCCGAAACCCCCCGCCACAGUGACCCCUCCACAGCCUUCAGAGGCCCCUUCGAGUUCGAAGCCGCAGCGGCAAAGAGAAACCGGCUCCUCCGCCAACCCCCUCAGCGCCGGCGUCCCCGGCGGCCGCACCCGCCGCGCCAUGCUCGGGAUCAUCCGCCGGGUCCGCUCCCUGGAGCUCUCCGACCCGCCUAGCCCGAGGCCCAGACCCAGCACCCGCGGCGCCGUCCCCUUGUUCGACCUCCCGGCCGAGGAAUGCCGGGGAGGGGAGGCGGGGGGUGGCGGGAAUGGGAGGCCGGUCCCAUGGUCCGCGGCGCGGGACGAGGGCCUCAAGGCCGCGCUGCGGCGGCAGAAGAAGGCGCGGGAGCCCACCCCCGCGGAGCGGCUGCUGGACCCCGCCGAGCUGGAGCGGCUGCGGCGGGCGGCGCGCGGGGUGGCGGACGGGUGGGUGCGGGCCAAGAAGGCCGGGGUGACGGACGCGGUGGUGGAGGACGUGCGCGGGGUCUGGGCCGGCGGCCGGGAGCUCGCCGCCGUCCGGGUCGUCGAGCCGCUCCGCCGGUGCAUGGACAGAGCGAGGGAGAUCCUUGAGAUAAAGUCAGGAGGUUUAGUUGUUUGGACAAAAGGAGACGUUCAUUUUGUUUACAGAGCAAGUAAUUAUCUAGAAAACACAAAACAUCGUCACAAGUCCAUAGCUGAUAUUCAGAGAGUUCCCCCUGAAGAAUGUACUGUGCCUGAGCCCCAAUGGAAACACGAAAGCAACACCGAGCCUUCAAAAAAUCAUAAUGGUGAUGCUCAUGGUGUUUUCCGAGAGAUUGAUCCAAGCCUUGGUGUUCACGCAUAUGAAGAACCUGUCGAAGGAACACUCUAUGAGAGAGAAGUCAACAGACUGUUGGACAGCUUGGGCCCUCGGUUUGUAGAUUGGUGGUGGAACACGCCAUUGCCUGUGGAUGCUGAUCUCCUUCCAGAAGUUGUUCCAGGCUUCAAAACUCCAUUUAGACAGUGCCCUCCUGGUGUGAGACUGACACUAGCAGAUGAGGAGCUGACAUACCUGCGCAAGCUUGCACGUCCUUUGCCAACACAUUUUGCUCUAGGUAGAAAUACAAGACUACAAGGUUUGGCAGCUGCUGUGCUAAAGCUUUGGGAAAAGAGCCUUAUAGUGAAGAUUGCAGUGAAAGUGGGCAUCCAGAAUACCAAUAAUGAGCAAAUGGCAUGGAAUCUUAAGCAUCUUACUGGAGGAACUAUCAUAUUGAGAAACAAAGAUUUCAUUAUUCUAUAUAGAGGCAAGGAUUUUCUUCCUGGUGGAGUUAAACGAUCUGUUAUUGAGCAAGAGGCUCGGGUAGAUGCCCAGCAGGUGAAGGAAGAAGAAGCCCGAUUAACAGUGAUGGACUCACUUCAGAUGUUCGCUGGUUUACCAUCUGAGGAAAGUUCUGUAGGAUCUUUCAGGGAAUAUCAGGAUUUCCAGCUUAACCAUGUGCAGGAAACAACUGAAAACAACAUGGCCUUGAUAGAACUAGAGGCCGAGAAGCAUAGACUGGAGAAAGAGUUGAAAGACCAGCAAUGGAGACUUUUCAUUCUUACAAAAAAAAUUGAGAGAUCCAACCAAGCGCUUGCGAAGCUUCAUGGUUCUUGGAACCCUUCAGAGCAAUCUGCAGAUAAAGAACUCUUGACAGAGGAGGAAAGAAUGAUAUUCCGAAAGAUUGGCCUAAAAAUGGAUGAGCAUGUGCUCCUUGGAAGACGUGGUAUCUUUGACGGUGUAAUUGAAGAGAUUCAUCAACACUGGAAACAUAAAGAGAUUGUGAAAGUAAUUACUAAGCAGAAUCAAGCUUACCAAAUAACGUACACAUCAAUGCUGCUUGAGGUUGAGACAGGAGGAAUGCUAAUAGCAACACAAAAGCUCACAAAUAGCCAUGCCAUAAUACUUUACCGUGGAAAGAAUUACCGCCGCCCAACAAAAUCAUCACCCAGUAAUCUCCUGACAAAGAGAGAGGCAUUACGAAGAUCAGUUGAGGUUCAACGAACAGGGUCAAUGAAACACUACGUUUGGGAGAGACAAAAAUCUAUUGAGGAUUUGCAAUGGAGACUGGCAAAUGUGAUAAGGAAAAUCAGGGAACUAUCCGUAUGA